AUGUCUAAAGACGUUCCUCUCGGCUUGUCUGAUGACGCUGCCCUCCCACAAUCGCUGGAAGCAAAGGCCACUGACACUGUGCAGUCCACGCCGCGCGCCAGCAAAAGCCGCGACUGCCCCGAAGAAGGCUCGACUAGUGGCUACACAGCCAGCAAAAGCUGCGACUGCCCCGAAGAAGGCUCGACUAGUGGCUACACAGCCAGCAGAAGCCGCGACUGCCCCGAAGAAGACUCGAUCGGUGGCUACACAGCCAGCAGAAGUCGCGACUGUCCCGAAGAAGACUCGAUCGGUGGCUACACAGCCAGCAGAAGCCGCGACUGCCCCGAAGAAGACUCGAUCGGUGGCUACACAGCCAGCAGAAGUCGCGACUGUCCCGAAGAAGACUCGAUCGGUGGCUACACAGCCAGCAGAAGCCGCGACUGCCCCGAAGAAGACUCGAUCGAAGGUUACACAGCCAGCAGAAGCCGCGACUGCCCCGAAGAAGACUCGAUCGGUGGCUACACAGCCAGCAGAAGUCGCGACUGUCCCGAAGAAGACUCGAUCGGUGGCUACACAGCCAGCAGAAGCCGCGACUGCCCCGAAGAAGACUCGAUCGAAGGUUACACAGCAGGCGGCAACUGCUGGCCAGAAUGGCGGGUCCCAGACCGUCACGGCUCCCCGGCAGGCGGCCUCAUCUGCCACAGUCAUCCAGGAGGGCUUGCGGCGUUUGAAGCAACAACAGUUACGAAAACUCAUCGAAAACGAGAUGCAGUCUACCCAUGA